AUGAAGGGACCUAGACCCCACUAUGAGAGAUUGAUUGAGGAAUUCUCGAAACGGCACCCAUGUCACCGCAGACAGGCCUCGACGGCUUCUAGCACUGAGGACAAGGAGGAUAUUGGAUGUUCAUCAGAUACGGUGCUGCAAGUCGACAUCGGAAAUACAGCAUCGCCAACCAGGAGCAACAUGACCAAAUUGAAGAUAUUCGACUUUGAUUCUACUCUAUUUCGAUCGCCACUACCGAAUCCGAACCUAUGGAGUCCCGAGCUCUCAGGUCUACUCAUAUCAGAUCUUGGUUGGUUUACAGAUCCACGAACGUUAGGCUCGCCAGGAAUUCCAGAAGAACCAGACAUGAGCUGGUUUGAUCCUGAUGUUGUAAAAGAUGCCUUGUUGGCUAUACAAGAACCCCAAACUACUCUUACCGUUCUCUUGACUGGAAGGAGGAGAUCGUUAUAUGGAACUCGUGUGGUCGAUACUUGCUUGAACCUGAAACCAGAUGCUCUGCCCUUUGAUAUUUUCUUCUUUAAGGAACCUCAUGAUACAGAAGAAGCUCGUAUACGCUAUCCAAACACAAUCCACUUUAAAUUAAACGUACUCUCGCGACUGCUGCAAGCCUUCCCAACUAUAAAACACGUCGAAUUCUAUGAAGAUCGACCCAAACAUGUAGAAAUAUUCGAACGAGAACUCAUGUCCAUACAAUCCGAAUCCCGCAUAUCUUCCUAUGAUAUCCACUUUGUCCAACAAGCACCCGAGCUUGAGAAAUUCCUUGAACCCAAAUUCGAACAAUAUCUAGUAAAAGAUCUUGUAGCUAAACAUAAUGCCCGUAUCAACUCUGUAGCGCAAUCACCAACCACUGGAUUAUUUAGCACACCAUCUGUAUCUCUCAUGACGCUAAUAAGACCCGUCGAGAUUGGCGAAGAAGUGACUUAUACAGGUAUACAACUAGACUCUGCAUCUCGUCAAGCUCUACUCGCUGCUUGUCCUAUGCCACCAUUGCACCAUACCAGACCGAAUCUACAUGUUACCUUGUAUAAAGGAGGUGUUGACGGGUCCGAGCUGGCUUGGAUUGGUGGGUUGAGUGCCCAAGUGAGCUUGAGAGCUACUCGUAUUGGUAGUAUACCUGAUCGUAUUGUAGGUCUGGUAGUUGAAAUCGUUGGGCAUGAAGUCAUUGAUGCAGAUGGAGCUAUGGAUUCUCCAGCAUCAUCGAAUUAUGAAUCUGUGGAUACUGGUAAUGGAUCUCCGCAAACGCCAUAUCAUGGUGAUCAUAUUGUAGUUGUUGGCAAUGAUGAUGGCAGUAGUAGUCAAGGCAAAUCGAGUAUUGCUAGUAGUGACGAAUACAGCAAACGCAAGAUGAAGAAUCCAAUACCGAUCGUGGUAGACACAUCAUCACCCACUGCUUCACCAUCUCUCCAGAGCAACACUGUCAACAACGAUAUGUUAAUACUCCCUCUAUACCUUGCUCCACACGGUAAAUCCCACGAGGCUUCUCGAAUAACUAACUGGACACCGCUCGAAACACCCAUAUCACUCAAAGGAACCGUAUUCGAGAAACGUGUCACUGGAAUAACCAAUCGUCGUAAAUCAGCACCACAAAUCCCACAAGCUGUAUCUAUUGGUAGUCUUGUCAUGCAAUCUUACCCGUCGUUAAAAGGUCGUGAUGUGGGACUCGCUGUGCGGUUAACGACUGCGUGGAUGAAGAGGGAUGGGAUUGAGAAUAUGGCUGAAACGAAAGAUCAGAUUCAUCAUUUGAUUCAUAACAUGUCUGGUAUUGUGUUGGAUAAAGGGGCUCUGGAAGGUGCUGUUGAUGCUGCUGAAGAUGCGCUAGCUAAGAAUGUGCAUGGAAGUGCUUGA